AUGGCCGAUCAAUUGACUGAAGAGCAAAUCGCUGAGUUCAAGGAGGCGUUCAGCCUUUUCGAUAAGGACGGUGACGGCACCAUCACCACCAAGGAAUUGGGAACUGUCAUGCGAUCUCUUGGACAAAACCCAACUGAAGCUGAACUUCAGGACAUGAUCAACGAGGUCGACGCUGAUGGAAACGGAACGAUCGACUUCCCAGAAUUCUUGACGAUGAUGGCUCGCAAGAUGAAGGACACAGACAGUGAAGAAGAGAUUCGCGAAGCUUUCCGAGUAUUCGACAAGGACGGCAACGGAUUCAUCUCUGCUGCUGAGCUUCGUCACGUCAUGACAAACCUUGGAGAGAAGCUGACAGACGAGGAAGUUGAUGAGAUGAUUCGCGAAGCUGAUAUCGACGGAGACGGACAAGUCAAUUACGAAGAGUUCGUCACAAUGAUGACCACCAAGUAA